AUGGUGCCCGUACCGCUCAUUCGUCUUCAGUGUGGUGUUAAUUCAUAUGAAUGGGGAAAGAAGGGCUCUGAGUCGGCUGCUGCGCGUUUUGCUGCUGCCACUCCAACUGACAGCCUCUCUAUCCAAGAUGACAAACCCUACGCAGAGCUCUGGAUGGGCACCCACCCUAAUAACCCGUCCAAGGACUGGGCUACAGGCCGCGCACUAGCAGACCUCGUUCAGGAGAAUGCCCAGCUUCUCUCCUCUUCCGUCAUAGCCAAGUAUGGCACCCAGCUCCCUUUCCUCCUCAAGGUCCUUUCCAUCGACAAGGCCCUCUCCAUCCAGGCCCACCCCAACAAGAAGCUCGCCGAACAGCUUCACGCUCGUGACCCCCAGAACUACCCGGACGGCAACCACAAGCCUGAGAUGACCAUUGCCAUCACCCCAUUUGAGGGUCUCUGCGGUUUCCGGCCCCUGAAUGAGAUCGCUCACUUCCUCAGAACUGUCGAGCCCCUUCGAGCCAUCGUCAAGCCCCACAAAGCAGAUGAGUUUGUCUCCUCCAUCGAGACGUCGGCGUCGUCGUCUGCCGAGGCACCCUCGGAUGAAGUUCGCCAUCACAACAAGACGGCCCUCCAGCAUAUCUUCGCCUCUCUACUUUCCGCCACCCCAGAUGAGAUCAAAACAGAGACGGCCAACCUCGUUGCUCUGGCCCAAAACGAGGGCGAAAACUUCGCAGCCGGCGGCACCCCCUCCUCCUCCUCCGGUGCCGUUCUCUCGGAGCUCGUCACCCGCCUCAACCGCCAAUUCCCGGACGAUAUCGGCCUCUUCGUCUUCUUCUUCCUCAACUACGUCCGCCUCGCGCCUGGUGAGGCCCUUUUCCUUGUGGCUGACGAUAUCCACGCCUAUCUUUCCGGUGACGUCGUCGAGUGCAUGGCCUCCUCCGACAACGUCGUCCGUGCCGGCUUCACUCCCAAGUUCAAGGAUGUCACCACCCUCGUGGAUAUGCUCACAUACAACACCGCCCCGAUCGAAGACCAGAAACUGCAGCCCACCGAGUACCCUUACGCCACCCUUAACCGCGCCGCGUACUCGGCCGGCUCGUCCGUCGCCCUCUACGACCCGCCCAUCGAGGAGUUCAGCAUCGUCCGCACCGUGCUUCGUGGUGACGCUGCCAAGGCCAUUUUCGAGCCCCUCGACGGCCCCAGCAUCGUCAUUUGCACCGCCGGUCGCGGCACCAUCGGUGUCGGCCCUACCGUGGAGCGCAUCAGCGAGGGCCACGUCUAUUUCGUCGGAUCCACUGCCGAACUGACCCUGCAGUCGGAAGGCGGCCCCGACGAUGAGUUUAUUACGUUCAAGGCGUUCUGCGAAGUGGACAACCCUCGCGAUUUGGGCGAGAAGCUGUAA